CGCAGACACUUGGCACGCGCGGGCGAUAAUAAAGUUGCGAUGAGGAGCAUCCAGCGGCGUAACGAGUGACAGCUGGGAUCGGUAAUAUGGAGAAACAAGUCACGUUACUGUCAUCGCAGCUCUUUCAGAAGCACAGGCAGGUAGAAGUAGUUCUCAAUCGCAGUGUUUUGGCGUGGAAACCGGUUGAGAAAAGCAGAAAACCAUGCUCGGGGACUUGUGACUCAGUACAAAGCUAUUCUGUUGAGGUGUGUGAAAUUGUUGCUGUCCGCAAGACGGAAGACGAUGACCAAGACGCUGCACAGACUGGGAAACAUCAAAAAAAGACAAAGCAGCUGUAUCCCUAUGCAUUCACAGUUUCCUACGUGCGAAGGACACGACAGCACCAGUGGCGGUGUAGCGAGGUCACCUUUCACUGUGCCAACCAGGCACUCUGCGAGGAGUGGGUCCAAGUUACAAAUGAGCAGCUAUCACUACUCACCAAUCGACCAAAGAGCCUUCUGGUAUACAUCAAUCCAUUCGGUGGAAAGCGUCAUGGGAAACGUAUUUACGAGCAGAAGGUGGCCCCAAUGUUUCGCCUUGCCGGCAUUGCGACCACUGUGAUUGUUACAGAGCGUGCCAAUCAUGCCGAAGACCACUUGAAAACAGAGGCCAAUCUAGAUAAAUAUGACGGGGUGGUGUGUGUUGGUGGAGAUGGGAUGUUCAGUGAAGUCCUUCACGGGUUGGUUGCCAGGACGCAAAAUGACCACGGUGUUGACCAGAACCAACCGGAUGCUGAAUUGGUGCCAUGUUCUCUACGGAUAGGAAUCAUUCCCGCAGGGUCUACUGACUGUAUCUGCUUUGCUACAGUGGGAACCAACGAUCCAGUUACUUCUGCUUUACACAUCAUUGUGGGUGAUUCCCAGCCAAUGGAUGUGUGUUCAGUUCAUCACAAUGACGUCUUUCUCAGAUACUCAGUCUCAUUGCUUGGCUACGGCUUCUAUGGAGAUGUGCUUUCAGACAGUGAGAGGAACAGAUGGCUUGGCCCUGCCAGAUAUGACCUGGCAGGUGUGAAAACCUUUCUGAGCCACAACUACUACGAGGGCACCGUCUCUUUCCUCCCCGCCGAGGACGACGUGGGGAAUCCGAGGGACAAGCUGCAGUGUCGAUCCGGGUGCAGCAUCUGUCAGCACAACCGCUCAUCAAAGGACGAGCACGGCGACGUGUCGGAGGAGAAGGAAAAGCCUGGCAAAGAUGACAGCAGUGACUGGAAUGAGAUCCAUGGAAAGUUUAUUGCCAUUAACGCAGCCAACAUGAGCUGCGCUUGUCCUCGAAGUCCAAAAGGCCUGUCACCCUUCGCCCACCUCGCUGACGGCAAUGCAGACCUGAUCCUGGUGAGGAACUGCUCCCGCCUGGACUUCUUCAAACACCUUCUUCGACACACCAACAAAGACGAUCAGUUUGACCACCCUUUCGUAGAGGUCCACCGAGUGAGGAAGUUUCGGUUCGAGCCAGAGUGCCACAAACUGGUUUCACUGGAAGACCUGAGCGAGCCUCCAACAAAGACUGGCUACAGCACUCCCCUUGGCAGCUGGAGCUGUGAUGGGGAGAUCCUGCCUGAGGUUGCCAUUCAAGUCAGUGUCCAGUGCCAGUUGAUCAGGCUGUUUGCCCGUGGUAUUGAGGAACAGCAGCAGCAGCAGCAGCAGUGUGUGUCGGACGACCCAUGUACCCUCUGUGCCUUGGAGCCAACCACAGACUAGUCAGUGGAUUGAGAGCUGAACAGGACAUUUAGGUGCUAGAAAACAACUCAGUUGAACUUGGCAAAGUUUCCUGGAAAAAUGCAUUUGUCAUAUCAGUUUAAAUCCUAAAUGCUGAUGUCUCCUUGCCUCUUAUCCAUGCAAAAAAAAAGGGAAUGAAAUUUAAAGGUGUUAUUUGAAAAAUGCAAAGCUAAAAAGCACUUCAGCAUCCCAUUAAGAGGAUGGAACAUUUAAAUCCAAGGAAAAGUUUCAUCACGUGUUUUCAAGUCACUGAGUCAUUUUCCCAUUGCCAUUUGGGGCUUUUCAGGUGCAAAAUUGCCUCAUGGAGCUUGAAGUAAGCAGAGAUAUGAUGUGCUACUGCUGCCACAUUGAAACCCAAAAUGUCAGGUUUUGUAUUUGUACUUUUUGGAAAAUUAAGAUGUCUAAGCUCAAAGGAUCUGAAGCAGCCCGGGAGUCCACACAGGCAGACAUACGCACAACCAGAUGAAACUGGACUUAACUAUCGCAGAAGGUCUUUACCCUGCCAUGAAGGAGAAUAUAAAUGGGAUUUCUCCCUACACAGCAUGGACAGAGAGCCAAAGAGAUGCAGCUCUGUAAGAAGGAUGAAGAAUAAUCCCUGUGAAGUACAUUGAUAAACUGAAAAGACUUAAAGUAGCAAGGCUAAAAGGAAAAAACAAAUCUCUCCUUUUUGGGGGGAAAAAGGAAAAAAUCAUUUCAUCUGUGACCCAGGUGGAAGCAGAUAUGAGCCAGGGGCACUAAUGAAAAGAACUGAGUACCCUGCUAAUACACUAACAGGACCCCGGUGACUGCUGGGUGAUAAGGCAAAGUGGUUGCUAAGUGAUUUGGUGUGUCUCAGCACCGCUGCGCUGCACCUGUGGCUCUGAGUUCUGCUCGUCUCUGGCUAAACUACCAACAGUUUAAUCAUCACCUGGGAUUAGCUAAAAUUAUCCAUUGUUAACAUCAUUAGAGAUAAUGUAUUGCUUUGCUUUGAAAUUGGUCUUUCUUUCUUUUCUUUUUUUUUUGUUUGAGGUCAAGCUGGUCUUGAUAUCACAGAACGGUCCCCAGCAAAUAAAAAGAAGCUUUUAUUUUUACAGUGACUAUAUAAAACUGUGUGUAUGGUAAUAAUACAUGAGGGUUCAUGUAUAUGUGAUUAAAGUAAAAGUGGGUUUUCUGCAGGUCCUUCGGGAUUUGUGUGCGUGUGUGUGUGUGUGUGUGUGUGUGUGUGUGUGUGUGUGUGUGUGUGUGUGAGAUGAUAAUUUGGAUUUUAUUACUUAGGGGCUCAUAGCUGCCAUUUUACAGAUGGUGUCUCACCAUAGUUGAGAUGUGUCAGAUUGGAGUUAUUAUUGAGGUUUUUGCAGACACAUGAUCACUAACAGUGUGAUGUUUGUUUGUCCCCCAUUUUGGAUGUGUGACAAUUAUGGUUACAACAUAGGGUCAAGUGAAUAAGGCCUUAGUCACAUAGACCUAGAGGUCAGUCAGUGACUCCCUGUCAACCACCAGUCACUAGGGAAAAUAUGUAAUCCCUGACCAGCUGGACAAAACCUCUUUAGCAGUGGUUUGAUAGUUAGAAGAUUGCCUUGGUCACCGGUAAUUGGCAUGGAACAUGCCAGUUUGCCAACUACUCUCUAAGCGGUAGUAAGGCCAUGAAAAGUAUGAUACGAACUGAAAAUGAAGCUGUUGAGCUUGAAAAGCAAAUCUGCACUUAAUGCUAUAGCAAACACAUUUAAUUAAGACACAACUUUUACUAUGAAGGGAAAUAUUUUGUUUCUGGAUUGCUUUGCACUUUUGCAAGUUUUGCCGCUUGGCUAGCAAUGAGUUAGUAUUUAUUUUUUUAAAAAGCUGGCAUCUUCCAUGAAAAGUACAGGCUUGCAACCAAAGAAAAUCACAGCUAAAAAGCUAUUGAUUGCCCUCUUUGCAACCAGUUACAACCUCUAGCAACUACACUCUAACCAUUUUAUUUAGAGAUUGAUGGUUGUAUCAUGUGCAGUAUGGUAGACCACUCUUGAGAAAUAUGUGCAGGAUGACUUGUGAGAAAUUUUUAUAGAUGACCAAAUGCACAAAUGUAACUAAUGCAAUAAUCAGUACCUUUUUUUUCUGUCAGACAUCCUAAAACACAUUUUAGCUUUUAAAAAUCUUACUUUUAAUGUCAUUUUUCAUUAAUGAGCAUUCAUUUUGUGUACGUAAUGUUCAUACAGUAUAAUUUCAGACAGAUAAUACAAAACAAAAUUAAACCCUUUUGAAUUUUGUGAUAUGAAUCUAAAAAGGUAACAAGCCAUGGAAGUUAAAUCUUUUCUAUGGAGAGACGCUAGUUAGCUUAGCUUGCUAACAGAAAUUCUAACCAAAACUGUUUAAACUUUUGUUUAAAUUUUUCCACCCAUGUUUUUCCUGUUGUUUGCUCCAAUUUCUGUGAGCUUACAAUUGUAUUUUGAUUAACUGUUAUAUCCAGAGUCAAAGGUCUAAUGCUCUCUAUGUUUUCAGAUUAUCAAUCUGAUGCUAAAUGAAUUAGCUUGCCAUCUUAGCUGCUGUUGUCACCUAGAAACUUUAAGCACUCUUUAUGCAAAGAGAGAGUCAAGAGCAAGACUCUGAAACAGACCAAAACAAAGCAAAAUCUUGUAAAACCAUAAAUGAUGCUACUUUCUAACAGUUAGAAAGUAGUUGAUGUGAAAACAAUCUUUAAUGUUGGAUGAACGGCACUGGUGGCUCUACGUAGCUGGCUGCUCAAGUGCUCAACAUCACACAUUACUGGUUUCUUGUUGGUUAAACUAUUACAUGUAGUUUAAAAAAAAGGUUUUUGUAACCUUGUCUGGGAAUUUUAUUGGGAUAAAACCACCGCUGUGCACUUUCUGGGUGAUGUGCUAUUGUAUGUUAUCAAAUUAGGGCUUCUUUCUAUUGCCUUGCUUAGCUGCCUUCUUUUCAUGGGUCCAGUUAGAUGACGGCUGUUUAUCAGACUAUUGCACUGUGUGCAUUGCUGUCUGCAGACACUGAAACUGGUUUUUAGUGGAACCCACUAGUGUAUGAUAAAGAUGUAAACUAAAUCAAAAUAUAAAGUUAAUUUAAUUCUGUCUCUUCAUACUUUAGUACACACUGUGCACAAAACAAGCUGUGAUGUAACUAGAUACGUUUUAUAUAACGAAGACCUGCAAUAAAGUGGUUUUGAAAUCAGA